CUCUCUUUCCAAAUGCCGCAUUCAUUUGUUUACUUUUUACUUUCGCACAAAAUUUAUUAAAAUCAGAAAUUUAAUGAUUUCUCCAUAAAAGAGGACGAAAACAUCCAACAAAAUGACUUCUAUCAUUAAAUUACACACCGUUUCGGGGGCCAUGGACGAGACGCCCCCAUGUUAUAUCCUGCAAAUUGAUGAAGUCAAAAUCAUGCUCGACUGUGGCUGGGAUGAAAAGUUUGAUGCAAAUUUUAUCAAGGAAGUAAAGAGACAUGUCCAUAGCAUUGAUGCAGUGCUGCUUUCCCAUCCGGAUGUGUAUCACCUGGGUGCCUUGCCAUAUUUGGUGGGAAAAUUGGGUCUGAAUUGUCCGAUUUAUGCCACCAUACCCGUACAUAAAAUGGGACAAAUGUUUAUGUAUGAUCUGUACAUGUCCCAUUUUAACAUGUAUGAUUUCGAUUUGUUCUCGCUGGACGAUGUGGAUGCAGCAUUUGAUAAAAUUAUUCAAUUGAAAUAUAACCAAACGGUAUCGCUGAAAGGCAAAGCCUAUGGAAUUGCAAUUACCCCUUUGCCUGCUGGUCACAUGAUUGGUGGUACCAUAUGGAAGAUCCUCAAGGUGGGCGAAGAGGAUAUUGUCUAUGCCACGGAUUUCAAUCACAAAAAAGAACGUCAUCUCAAUGGCUGUGAAUUGGAGAGGCUGCAAAGACCUUCAUUGCUGAUAACUGAUGCCUUUAAUGCGCUGUAUCAACAGGCACGGCGCAGGGCAAGAGAUGAAAAACUUAUGACCAAUAUUUUACAGACUUUGAGGGGAAAUGGAAAUGUCCUAAUUGCUGUUGAUACGGCGGGUAGGGUACUGGAAUUGGCUCACAUGUUGGAUCAGUUGUGGAAAAAUAAAGAAUCUGGCCUUAUGGCCUAUACCCUGGCAUUGUUGAAUAAUUUCUCUUAUAAUGUUAUUGAAUUCGCCAAAUCCCAGAUAGAAUGGAUGAGUGAUAAAUUGAUGAAGACAUUUGAGGGGGCUCGCAAUAAUCCCUUUCAAUUUAAACACAUGCAGCUGUGUCAUAGUUUGGCGGAGCUGGCAUUACUGCCCGGACCAAAGGUUGUGCUGGCCAGUGAACCGGACAUGGAAAGUGGUUUCACAAGGGAGCUGUUUGUACAAUGGGCUGGGAAUCCCAAUAACAGCAUUAUUUUUACCUCACGCACCUCUCUGGGAACCCUGGCCAUGGAUUUGGUAGACAAUCACACUCCAGGCCGUAAAAUAGAACUGGACAUUAGAAGACGCGUCGAAUUGGAGGGUGCCGAACUUGAAGAGUAUUUGCGCAUUCAAGGAGAAAAAGUCAAUCGUUUGAUAGUCAAACAAGAUGUUGAUGAGGAGAGCAGCUCCGAUUCGGAUGAUGACAUCGAAAUGAGCAUUAUAACGGGGAAACAUGAUAUUGUGAUAAGGCCGGAGGGUAAACAACACACAGGAUUCUUUAAGUCCAACAAGAGGCAUCAUGUCAUGUUCCCCUUCCACGAAGAGAAAAUUAAAUGUGAUGAGUAUGGGGAAAUUAUUAAUUUAGAGGAUUAUCGUAUUGCCGAUAUGGCAUACGAUGUCAAUAUGGAGGAGUCGAAUAAGGAAAAUGUCAAGAAAGAAGAUGUGAAGGGAGAAAAAUCCAUAACAGAUGAUGAUGUCCAGUUGCUAGAAAAGCCCACCAAGUGUAUUGUGCAACGCAAAACCAUAGAGAUAAAUGCCCAAAUACAACGCAUCGAUUUUGAGGGGAGAUCGGAUGGAGAAUCUAUGCUAAAAAUUCUCUCACAAUUAAGGCCCAGACGUGUCAUUGUGGUGCAUGGCGUGGAGGAGGCCACAAUGGCCGUGGCCAGGCAUUGUGAACAAAAUAUUGGCGCCCGGGUGUUUGCACCACACAAGGGGGAGACUGUAGAUGUCACAACGGAGACGCACAUUUAUCAAGUCCGCCUAACCGAGGGCCUUGUGGCCCAAUUGCAAUUCCAAAAAGGCAAAGAUGCCGAGGUGGCAUGGAUUGAUGCCCGCAUUGGUAUGCGUACCCAAGCCAUUGAUGCGGCUGCCACCAAUCAAAACAAUGAAGCCGAUAAUGAUGUCACCGAAACUACGACAGAGGAGAGAACCCUCACACUGGAAUCAUUGGAAACUGAUGAGAUACCUGUACACAAUUCCGUCUUAAUUAAUGAAUUGAAAUUGUCCGAUUUCAAACAGAUCCUUAUGCGUAACAAUAUCAAUUCGGAAUUUUCCGGUGGUGUGCUGUGGUGCUCCAACGGUUCGUUGGCCUUGCGUCGCAUUGAUACGGGUAAAGUGACAAUGGAGGGUUGUCUAUCGGAGGAAUAUUAUAAGAUACGUGAGCUGUUGUACGAACAAUAUGCUAUUGUUUAAGGAAAUAUAUUUUAAUGGGAAAAGUCUUUGUUCUAAGAAGAAACGAAGAAGAUUUUAUUUUCGAUGGGAAGAAUAAAACAACUUGGGUAAAUUAAGUUCAAAU